ACUCGACCUCUGUGGUGAAGAAGCAAGCUUGCCUGUCACUAUUGACCACCCCUCUAUCCACCUUCAAUGUCAAAUCUCUGUCACCAAAGUGGAGAGAAUUACCAAGGCUUUUGUAUACAAUCAAGACCAAGGAACAGCAGCACUAGUCCUAUACACAGAGCUUGACUUUUUCCCUUUUCUACAAUCAAAGCUCUCUUCUUCAAGUUAUAUCCUCUUUGUCUUUUUAUUUUUUGGAAAACAUUGGGUCAAGAGGACAGUGGGAAGCAGGCCCUAAAGAUUUUUACAUUUUCUCCUCCACUGUGUGAUUUUAUUCUCUCCUGUGCUUGGUGCUUGUUGGAGGGGGCAUAAAUGAGGUGGUGUGACUCAGGAAGCUUGGGGAGAGCAGGAACUCUCCUUGCUCUGCUGCUUCCCCUCUGGGAGCUGGGCUGCUGGGGGUUGAUCUCCGCCUCUGGGGGGCAGAACCAGGCGCAGCACACUACUGUAGGCCCCUGGGAGAUGCUUCGCAGGCACAAACGCAGCUGGGUAUGGAACCAGUUUUUUGUCCUGGAGGAGUACACAGGCGAAGAACCUCUUUAUGUUGGCAAGCUCCACUCAGACGUGGACAAAGGGGAUGGCAAGGUGAAAUACGUGCUCUCAGGAGAGGGCUCCACCUCCAUCUUCACCAUCGACGAGAACACAGGAGACAUCCACGCCACCAAGCGUCUGGACCGGGAGGAGCAGGCCUAUUACACGCUUCAGGCCCAGGCCGUGGACCGGAUCACCAACAUCCCUGUGGAGCCCAGGUCAGAGUUCCUGGUCAAGGUCCAGGACAUCAAUGACAAUGAGCCCAAGUUCAUGGACGGGCACUACAUGGCCGGGGUACCGGAGAUGUCAGCAUUGGGAACAAUGGUGGUCCAAGUGGCAGCCACAGAUGCAGAUGAUCCCACAUAUGGGAACAGUGCCAGGGUGGUCUACAGCAUCAUCAGCGGACAACCCUACUUCUCAGUGGAACCAAAAACGGGCAUCAUCCGGACAGCGCUGCCCAACAUGGACCGAGAGGUGAAAGACCAAUACGUUUUGGUCAUCCAGGCCAAAGACAUGGUGGGUCAGAUGGGCGGCCUUUCAGGCACCACCUCUGUCACGAUCACUCUCACCGACGUCAACGACAACCCGCCACACUUCUCUCGCAAGAACUAUCAGUACACUGUGCUGGAGUCCUUGCCUGUGGCAUCCGUGGUGGCCAGGGUCAAGGCUGUGGAUGCAGACAUAGGCCCCAACGCAGAGAUGGAGUAUAGGAUCAUUGAGGACGGACCUGGGUUGUUCAACAUCACCACAGAUGAGGACACGCAAGAGGGCGUUAUCAUCCUUCAAAAGUCAUUAGACUUUGAGACCAAGAACAGCUUUAAUGUGCGAAUCAAAGCCACCAAUCGCAACAUCGACCCUGCGUUCGUGCACCUGGGUUCGUUCAGCGACACAACGUCGGUCAAGGUGACGGUGAAGGACGUGAACGAGUCGCCUGUGUUCUCGGCACAGCUCAGCAGGAUGGUGAUCUCUGAGGACGCCAGAGUUGGCACCUCCAUUGGGAGGGUCUCCGCGCACGAUCCGGACACCUCCAACAGUGCCAUCAGGUACUCCAUAGAUAGAAACACAGACCUGGAGCGUAUCUUCAAUGUGGAUGCUCUGAGUGGGGUCAUCAGUACUGCCAAGCCCCUGGACCGAGAGGUCAACUCUGUCCACAACCUUACCAUACUCGCCAUGGAGAGCCAGGAUCCAACAAAGAUUGGAAAAGGUUUUGUGGCCAUCACAGUGCUGGACAUCAAUGACAACGCUCCGGUGUUUGCCAUCGCGUAUGAAACCCUCCUAUGUGAGAAUGAUCAGGUCCCCCCUCUAAACAACCAGGUCAUCCAGACCAUCAGCGCAGUGGACAAGGAUGAAUCUCCCAGUGGUCAUCUCUUCUACUUUGCCCUACCUGCGUCUGUGGUUAGCAACAGCAAUUUCACUCUCCGAGACAACAAAGACAACACGGCGUCUAUCGUAACGAAACGUGGAGGGUUUCGUAGACAGGAGCAGAUGCUGUAUCGACUGCCUGUGUUGAUUGUCGACAAUGGAAGCCCUGCCCUCAGCAGCACCAACACCUUAUCAGUGAACGUGUGUGACUGUGACUCGGAUGGUGUGGCCCAAUCGUGUGGAGCCAUGCCCUACACACUUCCUGCUGGCCUCAGUACAGGGGCCCUGGUCGCAAUUCUGGGAUGCAUCAUUACACUGCUGGUGAUGGUGCUGAUGAUCAUGUCGAUGCGUCAGAGGAAGAAGGAGCCAUUGAUUCUGGAGGAGGAGAGGGAUGUGAGGGAGAACAUUGUCCGUUACGACGAUGAAGGUGGAGGAGAGGAAGACACGGAGGCCUUCGACAUGGUAGCCCUCCGCAACCUCAAUGUCAUCAGAGACCCCAAGGUCCGGCGAGACGUCAUCCCUGACACCCACACUUUCUUCCCCUACCCAACGUCCUCCUCCUCGCAGCCUGUCCACAAAACCCUGCCAGACAAUGUGGUGUUCCGAAAGUUCAUCUGGGACCGCCUGAAAGAUGCAGAUGUUGAGCCUUCAGCUCCGCCAUACGACUCUUUGCAGACGUACACCUUUGAGGGGAGUGGCUCGGUAGCUGAAUCCUUAAGCUCCUUGGAGUCGCUAAGUACAGACUCAGAGCAGAACUACGACUAUCUCAGCACCUGGGGGCCACGUUUCAAGAAGCUAGCCGACCUGUAUGGCAACAGCGACAGUAAUAGCAAUGGCAACAGCAUGUCAUAGCCAAAACUUUCCUGAACAUAGACAACAAAUAUGUUAUG